UGCUGUGGGUUUGAUUGACAGGAAACAUGUCGGUGUGGUGGGAGCGAACCGGGAUGCAGCUGCUGCCAAGGGAGACAGGGAGUACCUGCAUCCAAUCCACACAUCAGCACCUUUAAAACCACCAGGCUUUCCCCACAGAUACGUCUGUUUAUGAUGCGCUGAACUGCUUCUAUUUAGAAAAAAAACCAUCCAUUUAAAACGGAGGGGCACCCAAUGGAUGCUGUGGCAAACCGUGUAGUCCCGCUCGGUAUCUUCAUAUUGUGUUUGAUUUAGCCUACAAUCAGAGACACCUUGAUGAAACAGCAGGAACUACGCGGACUGUUGUUGCAAUGGAGUCGACUCUCUCACGGCUCAAACCGCGUCUGUAAACCUACAACAUCUCGUUUCAUGGCGUUUUGCAGCAGGUUGCUCUGUUCUGUGGGCUUCUCCACGUUUCUUUUCUGAAUUAUUUUUUUGUUUUUGUUGUUUUCUAUUUUUAUUUUCUAAGAGCAAAGGGGAAAAAACCGACCACUGCUCGCAAAACUAUGAACGAGGAGAUGACAAAAAGCGAGGAGCAGGAUCUUAGUUUGCAGAAAGCCUUGCAGCAGUGCGAGUUGGUGCAAAAUAUGAUCGACAUAAGCAUUUCUAGUUUGGAGGGUUUACGGACCAAAUGUGCCACAUCCAACGACUUGACACAAAAAGAGAUACGAACGCUGGAGGGGAAGUUGGUGAAGUACUUCAGCCGCCAGCUGUCCUGUAAGUGCAAAGUGGCCUUAGAGGAGCGCAGUGUCGAGCUGGAGGACUUCCCUCGCCUUGGACACUGGUUCCGCAUCGUCAACCUGAGGAAAGAGGUCACACAGGAGAUGAGCCCGGGUGAGGUGACCCUUGAGGGCCUGCUGGAGUUGAGCGAGGAGCAGGUGUGUGAGCUGCUGCAGAAGUUUGGUGCCAACGAAGAGGAGUGCGCCCGACUCAACGCCUCCCUGUCCUGCCUCAGAAAGGCCCACCAGCUUGAACAACUUGAGGAGGAUAAAUUGCACAGUAAUGGAGGGAGCCAGGUGAAGCAGGACUGGUCCAUCCAGUGGCCCACCUCUGAAUCGGGAAAAGAAAACACUCCAGUGUGCCAACCAGAGGUCAGUCAGUGGAUCCGGUUCCAGCUCUCCCAGAGCCCCAAAGUCCAGUCCAAGUACAACCAGCACAUGUGCCACAGCCCCCAGGCCCUGGCCCCACCUUUAUAUGCCGAUCGACUGACUGUCGACAGCCCAGCCACGGGGCUCUUCCCUCCUUUGGACUUUGGUCAUCGCUCCCUGCCACCGUCUCCCCGCCAGAGGCAUUUUGGCCACACGCCUCCUCGGACUCCCUUGGUGGUCAACACCAUGACCCCGCCUGGCACUCCCCCAAUGCGGCGAAGGAACAAAGUGAAGGCCCCAGGCACCCCACCUCCACCGAGCCGCAAACUCAUCCAUCUGCUGCCGGGCUUCACCGCACUGCACCGCAGCAAAUCCCAUGAGUUCCAGCUGGGGAACCGCCUGGAUGACACACAGACACCAAAAGCCAAGAAGAAGACCAAGCCCUUGAACCUUAAGAUCCACAGCAGCGUGGGCAGCUGUGAGAAUCUGCCCACGCAGCGCUCGCCCCUCCACACUGAACGAUCCCUGCGAUCCUUCUUCUUUCCCACCUUCAUCCCUUCCACACCUCCUGUCCAUGCUGAAACACCCUCUGCAAACACUCUCUCAGUGCCUCGCUGGUCCCCACAGAUUCCACGAAGAGAUCUGGGAAACUCAAUAAAACACAGGUUUUCAACCAAGUAUUGGAUGUCCCAGACAUGCAUAGUAUGUGGAAAGGGAAUGUUGUUUGGACUGAAAUGUAAAAACUGCAAGCUGAAGUGCCACAAUAAAUGCACCAAAGAAGCCCCACCUUGCCAUUUAUUGAUCAUACAACGAGGAGGACGAGAAUCGCUCAAAGAUCAACAAGGAACAACUCAAGUAGCUCGUCUGGUACGGACUGAAUCAGUGCCAUGUGACAUCAACAACCCGCUCAGGUACACAGACCUGCACAUCAGUCAGACACUACCCAAAACCAACAAAAUCAACAAGGAUCACAUCCCAGUCCCGUAUCAGCCAGACUCCAGCAGCAAUCCGUCAUCCACCACCUCCUCCACCCCGUCCUCCCCGGCUCCUCCUCUGCCCAGCAGUGCCACGCCCCCCUCGCCCCUGCAUCCUUCCCCACAGUCGGCGCGGCAACAGAAACAGUUCAACUUGACAGCCUCCAGUUAUUUCAAGUACAAACAACAGUUCAUCUUUCCCGAUGUUGCUCCAGAAGCUCCUCCAAGCAGAGCACCGCAGGUCAUCCUGCACCCCGUCCUGUCUGAACCAGGGAAUGAGGGCAACCCUUUACUUCAAAUCGAAGUUGAGCCUACAUCAGACAACGAGGACGGCAACGACGAGGAUUCCGGUGACGAGUUCGAGGAGAUGAACCUGUCGCUUCUGUCGGCACGCAACUUCCCACGCAAGGCCAGCCAGACCAGCAUCUUCCUGCAGGAGUGGGACAUUCCGUUUGAGCAGCUGGAGAUCGGGGAGAUGAUUGGCAAGGGCCGCUUUGGCAAAGUUUUCCACGGACGCUGGCAUGGUGAGGUGGCAAUCCGCCUGAUCGACAUUGAGCGUGACAACGAGGACCAGCUCAAGGCCUUCAAGCGUGAGGUGAUGGCUUACCGCAACACUCGCCACGAGAAUGUGGUGCUGUUUAUGGGGGCCUGCAUGAGCCCACCACACCUGGCAAUCAUCACAAGCUUGUGUAAAGGCAGGACACUUUAUUCUGUGGUGAGGGAUGCCAAGGUUGUCCUGGAUGUUAACAAGACCAGACAGAUCGCACAAGAGAUGGUCAAGGGGAUGGGCUACCUCCACGCAAAGGGGAUCUUACACAAAGACAUGAAGUCCAAAAACGUGUUUUAUGACAACGGGAAAGUCGUCAUCACCGACUUUGGACUCUUCACCAUAUCAGGGGUUUUGCAGGCUGGCAGCCGAAGAGAAGACAAACUGAGGAUCCCCAAUGGCUGGCUGUGUCACCUGGCCCCAGAAAUAAUCCAGCAGCUCUCCCCCGAUACAGAGGAGGACAAGCUUCCCUUCUCCAAACAGUCAGAUGUCUUUGCUUUUGGCACCAUCUGGUACGAGUUACACGCACGUGAGUGGCCUUACAAGAGUCAGCCAGCAGAGGUGAUUAUCUGGCAGAUUGGCAGCGGGAUGAAGCCAAACCUCGCCCAAACUGGCAUGGGGAAGGAGAUAUCAGACAUUCUGCUUCUGUGCUGGGCGUACAAGCAGGAUGAGCGGCCCAGCUUCUCCAAGCUGGUAGAUUUACUGGAAAAGUUGCCAAAACGGAAUCGUCGCCUUUCCCACCCAGGGCACUUCUGGAAGUCAGCUGAGUAUGUCAAAUGAGUUAGGGACACAAAACAACAAACUAUCAGCAACUAUAUAAAAAAAAACAAGCCGCCAUUACUCUUCUUAAAUAACCCAUCUCCUUAAAGAAUGCACUGAAUCCAAAAGCCAGCCCAGUGAUGAAAACUGCCCGUGCUGUGUGUACUUUCAUGGAAUGUUGGCAUGUGUGUGUACAGAGACUGUCAGGCUUCUCAAGGCAGUCGGGACUCAUAUUUUCUUUGGUUUGAUUUGAACCAUACUGGAUAUUCUUUCCUUUAUUUUUUUUGUCUCUUACUAUUGACUUGAUCCCUUCAUUAUAUUUGAUUUGAUUUUGUGGAUGUAUCUUGCUUGUAACUUUUGAUUGAUCACAUCAUCCUGGACUUACAAAAAAAACAAAACAUGUUUGAGAUCAAAUGUAGAUUUAUUUUCCAAUGUCUUCUUGCAUUCUGUUUUGAAUGAAUGUAACUGUUGUUCAUCACACAUUGUAUAUACUCAUAACAUUGUCUUGCCAUUCCUUAUGUCUGUCAACUGUGUAGAGCAUUCUGUCACUGUUACCUCAUGGUCUCUCAUGUGUGGAUGUGUGAAUAAGCUACAUGUUUGUCUCAAAAGCUUUAUUUAACUUUCAAAAACUGUCCUCUUAUUUACACCGUACCAUUUGAAUGUGAAGAGGCCAGCGUUCCUGUUUGUGUGGGGAUGUGUUGGCGCCGUUCUUUGAUGGGAGAAUGUUCUCUCUUGAAUAUUGCCUGUGAACUUAAGCGGGACGUUUGAACAAUUACAGUCUUUGGGGGGAAAAAAGCCAGUCAGACCAGGACUUUCUCACUUGACACUGUUCUGAGAAAUCGCUGACACUUGAAAUGUAUCUCAUCAACUAAUUAACCUAUAGAUAUGCUAUCACUGAGCCCCCUAAACCCCCAUUACCUAUUACUAAAUGCAUAUUAUUUUUCAUUAAAUAGCUAAUGAUAGGUACAGAAUAUAAUAAACACAGAUUCAAAUAAAGUCAGCUACUGUAUAGCUGAUGCAGUAAUUGAAAAUAAUGUAUUAAUUGGAUACAUUAACUGAAACGUUGGCUUUAUGAUUAGUGUAUGACACGUUGAGACAACCUGUUGCUGGGUCUGAGGACCAGAAUGAUUUGGAUCCUCACAGGAAAAUGAUGUGAGUACUAGACGGGUAAAGGGAGCACACAACCUUUAAAAAGGAAACGCAAAAACUCUGAGAAGUUGUCGUCCUUUGUUUGGUACAUGGUAAAAUUAGUUUCAAGUUGCUCAAAAGCAGUGUUGUAGUCAGGCUGAAUAUACAUUCAUUUAACCUCAACAAAAUGAUUAAACUGAUAUUCCUUUAACCUUUCUGUGUUGCAUUUCCUCAAAUACCUAUGAACAACACAUUGAAGGUAAAAGUGAAAUGUGUUUUUUUAAUAUAGUACACUAGAAAGUAUUAAAUACUGUUGGUUAAUAAUUCAUAAAUCUGCUGUAUAAAUGAAUGUUCAUACUGAGUUACUCGUGGUCACAGAUGUUCUAAGUGAAAGACAUCGAAAUGAAUUCAUCUUCAGUUUAUUUUAAAACCAAAGCUCUGGUACAUGCGUAUAGUGCAAAGGUACAUUUGAACACACACACACACACACACACACACACACACACACACACACACACACACACACACACACACACACACACACACACACACACACACACACACACACACACACACACACACACACUCUUACAUCUUCUUCUAUCAUGAGCAUCAUCAUUAACAUACCCCUAACCCUUACCUUAGCCAUCACAAGUAAAUUCCUACCACAUCCCUUACACUAAUCUUACCUUAACUUAAGCCUCAGUCUGACCAGAACUGUAAAACAAAGUCUUAAUCCUCAAACAGGUCUUUAGAAGAAGUGAGGACUGGCAAAAAUGUCCUCACUUUUCAAACUGUCCUCUCUUUGUAGCAAGAACAAACCCACACACAUACACACAAAUAUACAAAUAAAGAAACACACCUUGAAAACAAAGAUAUUGUCAAGCAGGGGAUUACGAUAUGUAAUCAAAUAUUAAUAAGUUUAUCAUAAAUGAUUUGUAAAUUACAGGUUACAGUAGUUUUCUAGCAAACAAAACAGUUUUUAACAAGCCUUCUUCUUGACUACAACACUGCCGAAAAAGUGACUCUGGAGGACAAAUUCAUCACAAACUUGCCUUUUUGUUUCUUUAAAUUUUGAUUUGCUUCAUUUAAACAAAGCAGUUAUUGAGUUAUUGGAUUAUAAAGUUAAAGUAAAAGUAACUUCAAUCUGGCUGAACUUUCCCUUCAACAUAUCAGAAAAGACAUAUCACAAUGCUGAAGACCACCCCAGGCCAUUUUUCUACUUUCUACUAUAUAUCAUAAUAUAUUUUAAAUGUGUGUUAUAAAGAAAUAACAAAGUCAUAUCAUCAUGAAUUGGAAGCUUUGGCGCCAUUUGAGCUGUAUACUGCUUUCGAUUCUCUCUAGCCACGUGGAAUAGAUAGAGACAAUCCAAUCAUGUUUAAUAGCCAUUUUCCAAUUCAUUAUAUACACAUCUGCCAGUGUUGGAAAAUGCAUACAAACAAUCUGCUGCUGUUUUUGGAGUCUGUCUAUUUUGGAAUUGCUGGGAUUCAAAUAUUGUAAGUGGAUCAUUUAUAUUUGUACUGUUUACAACUUUCAAGUGCAUGAGUUGGACUAUCAAAGAUUGAUUAUUGUUAUGAAAAAAAAAAACACUACAUAUAUAUAAAAGUUAUGUGAGCAUUUUUCUGAUGAACUUUUGUCCAUUGAGCAGUUUGAUCUCAAUACCUAAUGGAGUUUUAUGUCAGGCUUUGCCAAACUUUUCAACAGCUUUGUUUGACAGAAUGGUUAUUUCAGAAUAUUUAUAGAUGAUAUAAUUGAUUAGCAUUUAAAUAAGAUAAAAAGAUUUGCGCCCUGUGCACAUGCUAGAGUUGACAACAACCUGACUGGACAACAAUCAAAGAUCUAACAUUAGUGCCAAGUGUACAUAACCGAUUGUAGACUAUGUUUUAUCGUCACUUGCAGUAAUAUCAAUAUCCUUGUGAAUUUGUUGACUUCUUUCUUUUGAAUGUAUGAAUUGUGUUGUGUUUUUUUGUUGUUUCUGUUUUUCUGUUCAGUUAAAUUUAUUUUCCAUCAUUUUCCUUCUACUUGCAUAAGCAUUGAUGCUGUGUUGUUUAUUUUCCUUGAUUCCGUCCUUGUAUUGUAGAUGAUAGCUCCAAACAGCUUGUAUUUAAUGAUGCCUUAUGGUCCAUGGCUUAGUGAUGGUUAGAUUUUGAUCACA